CAGUUUGACUGCAUUGCUUGCUGCUUUCCCUCGCCGGCACAAUCGACGAUUUCUGCCGGCAGAAAUCCAAAUAAGAAAGCCACGUAGUAACAGAAAUGGCGCAGUCAACUCUUUUACUCUUGCACGUCAAUCCAUCUUCUUCUUGCCCUUCCAUUUUCCGUCAUUCCCAAUUUCCUAAACUUUCCCCCAAACCUGCCAAAUCCUUCUCAGUCCCUCACUCAUUAACCGCGCGAAAGCAGCGAUUCAGCUCUAGAAUGGAUCGUCUUCACCCGCCCAAUGCAUUGCAAGGGGUCGUAUCGGAGGCCAUUGGGCUGCUGCAGUCGCCCGAUCCGACUUGGCAAUCCGCUCUCCUCAACAAUCUGCUGAUCUUCGUGCUCGGAUCGCCCAUUCUGGUUACGGGGCUUUCCUUUCCGGGAAUUUCCGCCGCUUUCUUGCUCGGAACCCUCACUUGGCGCGCUUUCGGCCCAUCUGGGUUUCUCCUCGUCGCCUCUUACUUCGUCAUAGGGACUGGAGUUACGAAAGUGAAAAUGGCGCAGAAGGAAGCUCAGGGGGUUGCUGAGAAGAGGAAAGGGAGAAGGGGACCUGGCAGCGUGAUUGGUUCGAGCGCUGCUGCUUGUGUUUGUGCUUUGAUGUCGAUAUAUGGGAUUGGGGGAGUGGAAUUUGCGCAGCUUUGGCAGCUUGGAUUCGUUGCUAGCUUCUGUACCAAGUUGAAUGAUACCGUCUCUAGUGAGAUAGGCAAGGCCUAUGGCAAAACUACGUACCUUGUUACGACAUUCAAGGUUGUUCCCAGGGGAACUGAAGGUGCUGUGAGUCUUGAGGGAACUCUUGCUGGAUUCCUUGCCUCAAUCGUUCUUGCAUCAAUUGGUUGUCUCAUGGGUCAGAUAAAUGGAGCCGAAGCGCUCAUAUGUGUGGUAGCCUCCCAAAUCGCAAACUUCGGCGAGAGCAUAAUAGGUGCAGUGUUUCAAGAGAAGGAAGGAUAUCAAUGGGUGAGAAACUCCGACCAUUUUAUCAUUUCUCUCAUACCAACAUGUUGCUCGGCCUUGAUCGUAAGACGUGACUGCAGAAAUACCCCGAUCUUUAUAUGUUCUCCUUUGCUUGUUUGCGCAGCUUAACAACGAUGUGGUGAAUGUGAUUAACAUAUCGUUUGGCAGCAUACUAGCAGUUCUAAUGCAGCAAGCAUUGCUCCAAAACUGGCAAACGUCGUGAACUUGUCAUCUGCUCCAAUCUCCUGCCUGGAAAGUGCUCUGCUGGGUUGCUUGUGCAGGAAGGUAAUGGAGAACAGAUGGACAGAGAAUAGCCCCCAAAGUCCUCCUGGCCUAACUUAGUGAUCAUCUUGCAUUCUUUAUAAGACUGCUGUAGAAAUGUUUUCCUUCUGCAAUUUCUGCUGGUCUAUGUAGGACUCUUAUCAAUCCUUUUCCUUGUGAUGGUUUCCUUGAUAGAGUAGAAAACUUAUUUAAUAGCAUCAGCAUAUCAUAUCGUCAUUGUGGUUCCUAAUUGUCAAAGUCCUUUUAACUGGGUGGAUUAGUUGAUGAGUAAGCAAAGCGACAAACGUAUGGUACAACGAAGAUCAAUAGGCGGCGCAUGCAUGGCUAUUGUCUGCUACCAAUCUGGCAUAUACGGCCAUUCCUUCAAACCAUUCCUCCACUAUGCAAUAAAAGAUUCAGCCGCCUUCCCCAA